GAAACAAUGAAUAAGGAGUUAGUGUAAAGCGCUCUGGAUCGAUCUCAUUCGCAUUAUCGCGCAUCAAACAGCAUCGGAACGCACUUCUCCCACAGCGGGACCUAUUAAACUUUCCAUAAGCAGCUGGUGACAGCAGCGGAUCUCAGGUGACCAGGAAAUAAAUACCGUGUGUUCCUCCGACCAUGGCCCGGCGUAUCUCGCCUGCUGUCGCUUUUCUCUUUUGUUUUGGACUAUCGCAUGUGUUUGAGGUUGAAGCCAGAUUCCAGCACUCUGUGGCCCUCCACAGGCAGAAGAGAGAAUGGAUCGUCCCUCCCCAAAUCUUAGAGGAGAAUGUGGAUUACACCAAGAGAGAGUUCAUUGCAAAAAUUCGCUCAGAUAAGGAAGACGUCAAACUGAAAAAUGUGAGGUACUCACUGAAGGGCGUCGGUGCAGACCAGCAGCCGUUCAAUUUAUUUGUGGUGAAUCCUGAAAAUGGAUAUGUCAGGAUAACGGGGCUCCUUGACAGAGAGUCCAUCGCACAAUACAAUCUUUCAGGCGUUGCUACUUUCACAGAUGGCACGAUUGCAGAAAAUGACAUUGGGCUGAGAAUAAAAGUGAAGGAUCAGAAUGAUAAUCCGCCUGUUUUUGGUCCGAUGAAUCCCGGGGCUGUAGACGAGCUCAGUCCAGCAGACACAGUAGUGAUGAAGAUUAAUUGCUUUGAUGCCGAUGAGCCAGGAAACCCAAACUCUCAAAUCAAGUAUGAGAUUGUUGAGCAGCAGCCAGCUGGGGAGAGGAUGUUCAGAGUUGACAGUGACGGCACAGUCCGUGUUGUCAGUUCUAACCUGGAUAGAGAGACCGUUGAUCAGUAUGUCCUGCUUGUCAAAGCAUCUGACCUGAAUGGAGCUGCAGGUGGCAAUGCCGCCACAGGGACGGUCACCAUCAAGAUCAAUGACGUCAACGAUAAUGUGCCUGUGUUGGAAGGCCCAUUUGAGGCCAGUAUUGAGGAAAAUACAGAGAAAGUAGAGGUGAUGAGACUCAAAGCAAGUGACCGUGACCUUAAGGACACGGACAACUGGGUGUCUAAGUGCUUUAUUGCAUCAGGCAAUGAGGCUGGAUACUUCAGCAUUCACACGGACCCAAAGACCAAUGAGGCAGUCAUUAUGCUUGACAAGGCUGUCGAUUAUGAGGAUGUCAAAGACCUGAACCUUGGCAUUGGUGUAAUAAACAAUGCUCCAUUCCACCCCUCUGUGAGUGGAGGAGGACAAGGAAUGAAUAUCAACUUCGGGGGCAGCGGUGGUGGCGCAGGAGGAGGCGGUGGCGGUGGCGGUGGUGGAGCUGGGGGUGGAGCUGGCGGUGGAGCUGGCGGUGGAGGUGGUGGCAGUUCAGGCGGUUCAUGGUCAAUGUCAGGGGGUCAGAUAUACAAUGUGAACGUCAAGGUGAAAAACCAGCCUGAAGGACCCAAGUUCAUGCCCCAAACAAAAGCCAUCCCCAUCUCAGAAGGCAAGACUUUUAGCAGCAAUGAGGUCAUCGCAAGAUACCCCGCCAUUGAUACAGACACAGGAAAGGAAGCUACCAACGUAAAGUAUGUUAAAGGAUUUGACCCAGAUAACUGGCUGACCAUCGAUGAGACAACUGGAGCCGUUAAAAUGAACAAGGCUCCUGACCGCGAGUCCAAGUAUCUAGUUAACGGGACUUACUAUGCCCAGAUUUACAGCAUAACUCAAGACUUGCCUUCAAAGACGGCAACAGGCACCAUUGCCAUCCAAGUAGAGGAUUUUAAUGACCACUGCCCAACUUUGACAAGCAAAGUCAAUACACUCUGUACUGACAAGGAUGCCGUCUUAGUCACUGCAGUGGAUGAGGAUGCACCUCCCAAUGGAGCUCCUUUCACCUUCAAUGUUGUCCCAGAAGGAACUAAGGGGAAAUGGACAGUCGAGCAUUUAAACGAUACCACUGCCAUCUUCAGAACAAAUGAAAAGCUGUGGCCAGGAGAAUAUGAGCUGUUGGUGGACGUCAAGGACCAGCAGGGGUUGUCAUGUCCAGAACCUCAGAAAAUUCAGGUGGAUGUGUGCACUUGUAACGACCAGGGAGCUUGUGCCCGAGCAGGACCAACAGGAGCAUCAGGAGCAUUUAAGAAGGGAUCCAGGUUUGGACCAGCUGGAAUCGGCCUGCUCUUCCUUGGACUCCUUUCAUUAUUGCUCAUCCCACUCCUGUUGCUGCUGUGUCAGUGUGGAGCUACUGGGCUGGCGGGAGCUUUCACAGACAUGCCCUUUGACACUAAAGAGCAUCUCAUCUCUUACCAUACCGAGGGCCAGGGAGAGGACAGGGAUGUUCCACUCGAUGUUGUUGAAGGAAGGUUAGGUUAUGCAUCAAGAGACGUGGGUGGCAUGCGUAUCAUAAGAGCAGGAGGAGCAGGAGGAGCAGGAGGAGCAGGCUUCAUGGACUCCUUUUCCACAAUGGGUGGCCGUGGCAACAAUGAAAUGGUAAUGUCCUACAUGGACUCGAACAGAAGAAGUGAGACUCUUAGAAGUAGAGGAAUGGCUGGAGAUUUUGACGGAAUGGCCGUGUCUGAUAUGUUCCUGGGCGAAUACUACUCACAGAAAAGCCGUGGAAUGGAGGAUGGAUUUGCUAAGAAUGAGCCUAUGGUGUAUGAUUUUGAAGGGAAGGGCUCUCCUGUGGGCUCUGUGGGCUGCUGCAGCAUCCUCGAAGAUAACAAUGACCUAGAGUUUCUCAGUGACCUCGGGCCCAAGUUCACUACUCUCGCUGAAAUAUGUGGAGGUAAAAAGACUGAGGUCCCUGCUCCUCUUCCUCUUCCUCUUCCUCUUCCUCUUCCUCCCCCUCCCAAACCCAUCGUGGACCGUACCGAGGUGGUGUCUUCAUCAACCAACGUUAUAAAUCCUGGGAAUAUUACCACUAACAGAGCUAUAUCUUCAAACGCAUUGAAUAUAGCUUCCAACAUGGCUACGACAUCAUCUACUCGUGUGGAGAACGUCAUGGUCACAGACAACCGGCCCACAGUGAUUACGAGUGUCCAACCGGCUCCAACGCUCCUGGUGCAACCGCAGCCAAUGUACUACAUGGUGGAGCCGCAGCCCAGCACAGUACUGCUCGCCGAAAGGCCGGCCAUGGGACAGAACAUGUACGUGCUGAACAGAGGCCCGGUAGCCGAGGGUGUUGUAGUCCAGGGCGCAAACAUAGCGACGAAUACCCUGACCCGUGGCGAGAGAAUGGUGCUUGUGGACAGGGGGGCACCUGCUCAGGCUGGGGUGCUGCACACAAGUAAUCUGUCUGGAUCACAAUUGCUCCUGGUGGAUGGGGGAGCCAUGAGCGGUCAAGUCCUUCAGGGGACGCUUCAGAGAGGGGUUGCUGGAUCUCAGGGCCUGAUGGUCGUGGAAGGACAAGGGGGUCAUGUGAUUCAGGGGUCCCUCAAAAAAGGUGUUUCCACUCAUGGUGGAUCUCAAAAUGUCCUUUAUAUGGAGAGCAAUGGGGGAUCAGGUGUGGGUGUUCAAAAGGGGAUGAUGUCCACCGCAGGGUCAUUCGGUAGCAUCGGAUUAGGUGGGUCAUCUGUCCAGAUUAACCAAAACCCAUCGUCACAUAAAGUCGUUGUCCAGGAGAGAAAGGUUGUGACAACACAAAGUGUCAAGUAAUAAUGCAACACUCAUUCAGUACUUGUACAGUCGUAAAAGUGUUAGAGGGUUUAGAAAGUCAUCAAUCAAGUCUUCAGAGCUCAUGCAUGCAAAUCAUUAGAGUUUCAUGUUGUUACCAUGUUAGGUCACAUAGAAUAUGCAAAUAAUGCUUGAAAAACUGGUUUUUAAUGCACUUGAGGUUUACUUCUCUGUAAGUGUAGUGCACUAUACUUGAUUUUAUUUUCCUUUCAUUUUUUUCCCUUGCCUAUAGAUUAUAUGUUACUGUACGUGUGCAUUCAGUGUGUGCUCUGUAAAGACUGUUGUUUGUGGAAAAUAUGCACAAGUUACCCUGAGGCCAUUCCUGUGCAGUUUAUGCAAAUCAGCUGAAAGCUAUUUUAGAUAAGUGCAGAUAUAUAAGAACAUAAACACAGCCAGAAAUCAGUUGAGUAGAGUCGAUUAAAAAGACUAUAGAAGGACAGAUGUUUUUUUUUUUUUUGUUUUUAGAAAAGCACAGUGCUGUAAAAGACAAUUCAUGAAUCAGUUGUGGUAAUGUAUAUUUUGGGUAGCUGUUUAUAAAAAUUACCAGUGUGUUUCAUUAACCAGCACUGGUAUGGUUUGCAUUUUUACAGUAUUUUUCAUUCCUCUUCUUAGUUACUGUUUGUAAACAAGUAGGAAGUCUGAUUAGUAAGUCUGUGUUUAGAAGCUUGUGGUUUCUCUUUGCAGUGUGGUUAAAUAAAAAGACCAAACCCACAUUCCAAGCAAUAAUGAUCAUAUGUAUGAAAUGAAUAUGUACAAAUUUAUUAUUUUUUCUCUCAAAAUGCUUGUAUUUAAGAAUACAGUAGCUAAAGCACAUUUCUUUUGUUUAGUCUUUUGAAUUUAAUGGUAAACACUAAAAAAACAAAACAAAACAAAAAAGACUUGGUGCUGGGAUUUUUCUAUUCACAGCUCUGGUUUGGUACAAAAAUUGUUUUUUGAAGGGGUGGGCAGUGGUUUCCAACUUUCCUAGAAAUGGACUCAUUAGCUACUUGGUGGGAAAGUGUGUUACUAGUUUUCACAGAGAAACUUUUUUCAGGGGUCAAUAUUUUAAAGCAGCUUAAGGCUGUUUAGAACUUCUUUUUUAAUGCUGAUUUUAUAAAUGUUUCAUAUGUUUCACUGUGGAACAGAAUUCCAAAAGACAAUAAAAAGUCAUUUUAAUGUCA